UUUGUCUUUUAGGUAUUCCAAUGCUGCUAGAGUUCUUGGAGCAAAAUAUUGCCAAGCUUAAUGGAUCGAGAAGUGGCGUUGCUUGCUGAAAUGGACAAAGUGAAAGCUGAAGCAAUGGAAAUUUUGCUCAGCCGACAAAAGAAGGCUGAACUUCUAAAGAAGAUGACUCAUGUGGCUGUUCAAAUGUCAGAGCAGCAAUUGGUUGAGCUCAGAGCCGAUAUCAAGCACUUUGUUAGUGAACGUAAAUAUGAUGAGGAUCUGGGACGAGUAGCCCGGUUCACCUGUGACGUAGAGACCCUAAAGAAGAGCAUUGAUUCAUUUGGACAAGUGUCUCAUCCAAAGAACAGCUAUUCAACCAGAUCCCGACGUAGCUCAGUUACAUCUGUGUCCUUGAGUAGCCCAAGUGAUGCCUCUGCUGCUUCCUCUUCCACCUGUGCCUCUCCUCCCAGCCUUACAAGUGCUAACAAGAAAAACUUUGCACCGGGAGAGACUCCUGCAGCCAUAGCAAACUCCAGUGGCCAGCCCUACCAGCCACUUCGGGAGGUAUUGCCAGGGAACAGACGAGGACAAGGCUACAGGCCACAAGGCCAAAAGUCCAAUGACCCCAUGAACCAAGGGCGGCAUGACAGUAUGGGUCGUUACAGAAACAGCUCGUGGUAUUCAUCUGGUUCCAGGUAUCAGAGUGCUCCAUCUCAGGCACCAGGAAACACCAGUGAAAGAGGCCAAACUCACUCUGCAGGGACCAAAGGAACUGGAGUCAGCAUGGAGCCAGGCCCUCCCAUGCCUUCAUUCAAAAAGGGGCUCCCCCAGCGCAAACCCAGGACCUCUCAGACUGAAGCCGUGAACUCUUGAGAGAAAUUCCAGUUGGCCUCUCUCCUCUCUCCACACAAUUCAACUUGAUAACUGGACUUUAGGAAACUUAUAGUUAGAUUUAAUAACAAAAAGAAGUUUAUGCGUAUUGCUUUUUGUGCCAUUCUACAUAUUGUUAGUUUCUUGUCUCCUUAUUUCCUCUUUACCAUUUUUGGAGGGGAAGCUAUUUUUUUUCCUUGAUCUUCCCCAGUGAUAUGGAUUGAAUCUGGUUGGUCAUUUCCACCAGGAAUCAGAGGCAGCUGUUACCAGGUUUCGGCCUUCCAGUUGACCCCUCCACUGUCCAGGCUGUCUCAGGAGGAGGUGAAUCAGAGCUAGUCUGUCACCUUUCCAAUCUAAGCAGAAGCCACAGGUGCCUGACAGGUUCCCUUCAACCAUUUGACCAAGAGAGGCAAUGAGGGGAUCAUAUGCUGCACUGGAUUUGCCAGAGAAGGGAAAAUUUAAUUAGUGAAAAGGAAAGAACACUAGGAAACAUUUGAGAACCUGCCUCUAUCCCAGAACGUGCCUGAGAUUUGACACUCAAAUCAGUGUUUAGUCUUCUGCUUGGCACCAUAGCUUAACCUGCAGCUUCUUCAAAAUGCCCAAUGACUUGUUUCCUAUUACCUUAGAUUGCAAACCAGUCUGGGGAAGUCUAUGGCAAAAUAGCAUUUAAUUAAAGUUUAAAAAAAGAAAAAAAAGAUUGGGUGCGGUGGCUCACGCCUGUAAUCCUAGCACUUUGGAGGCCGAGGCGAGUGGAUCACUAGGUCAGGAGUUCAAGACCAGCCUGGCCAACAUGGUGAAACCCCGUCUCUAAUAAAAAUACAAAAAUUAGCUGGGCAUGGUGGCGUGCGCCUGUAAUCCCAGCUACUCAGGAGGCUGAGGCAAGAGAAUCGCACCCAGGAGGCGGAGGCUGCAGUGAGCCGAGAUUGUGCCACUGCACUCCAGCCUGGGUGACAGAGCGAGACUCAGUCCCCAAAAAAAAUAAAAAAAAAAAACAACAUUUUUCUGUUUGAAUGUUUGGAGACUUUUUUUUGUUCUCUCCCUUUCCUGAACCCUAUUCUGAUCCUGAACCAAAUUUAUAGCAAUAUAAUUAGUGUUAAUCUAAGGCAUUACUCAUCAAAAAAUUGCUGCAAUCAGUCUUUAUAGUUGAAUAAAUAAAAACAGCUGCAUAAAUAUUCCCA